GGGAGCUUCAGUCGAACUUGAGAAUUUAUUUUAAAUGGCGGUCUCAAAGAAAGAAACCCCUGUCAAUGAACAGGAGAAUGAUACAUGCCACUGUCCAAUAUGUCUAGAGAAGGUAAGAAAACCGAAGUAUUUGUCGUGUUACCACACCUUUUGUGAGGCGUGUAUUGGGACUUACAUUUCAAGUACGGCUACACAUAAAGAAAAUGAAACAUUAAAGUCAAUCGAAUGUCCCGUGUGUCGUACGUGUAUCAAGGCGCCGAAGAAUGACAUUUCGGACGAGGAGUGGGCAUCAGAACUACCCCAGAAUAAACUCGUACUUAGUGUGUCUGUAGAUCCCGAGCAAGAUGAAAAUAAAUAUUGUAUGAUUUGCAAACGACUGGAGAAAACCGUUUCUGCAAAAUACUGGUGCAAAGCAUGUAUGGAAGCUAUUUGUGAAGAUUGCAAAUCAUUGCAUAGAGCUGUGCCAAUUCUGAAGAGUCAUAAAAUUGUAAAUCUUUCCGACAUCAAGGAGAUGAACAAUGAAGUUGAGAUAGAAGAGUCUUGCAAUUUGCAUGAAGGGAAAAUACUCGAUGUGUUUUGCCACGAUCAUCAAGAGCUAUGUUGUAGUGUUUGCCAUGUCAAGCAGCAUAAAUUGUGCAAGCAUGUGGACACAGUUGAAGAUAUUGCUUUUGAGACAGACAGAAAUGCCAUGCAAAACAUUGCUUUAAAAUAUGGUGAUCUGGAGAAGAUUCUCGAAGAUAUGCUGUCAGAAAACCUAAAUAAAACAGAAAAACUCAAUACCAAGAAGCACGAAAUUUGUAUGAACACGGAAGAAAAAGUUGAAGAAAUCAAAUCUCUAAUGGAGAAUGCACAUGCAAAGUGGCUUAAACGAUUUGAACAGAAUCAUGCUGAUUCCAUUGGAAACAUUGAAAUUGCAUCUGAUGAGCUGAAACGUUUUUCCACUACAGUUCAUGAAGUUAGGAUGAUUCUUAACUCAGUGUUAAAAUGUGGGUCUUCAAAACAAUUAGUCAUAACAAAUCAUAAACUGAAAAAGCAGAUUUCUGAUCACAUCACUCGUUUAAGGUCUUUGGAUGUUUGGAAUUUUUCUGAAGAUUACAAGCAGCACAACUUGGAUUUUUUUGGUCAGAUUUCCAAGACAAAAGAGUUUGAAGACGUAAAACUGACUAAACAACAAUCAUGGAUAGUGGAGAGAAUUAUGUGUAGUACUCCAGAAAAAAUUGAUGAAGACAAUAUUAUACAGAGGAGAAAAACUAUGGCUAGAAAAGACUGGAUGAACGUUGGCUUUAGAAAAUUAUCACAAAUCAACGGUUUGUCAGAAAGAGUAUUUUAUGGCUUGUUUAUACAUGACACAAGAAUACUGUUAUCUUUGACUAGCCCACCUUCGCUGAAGAUUUAUGAUAUCAGUAAUUCCACUGGAAAAUGCAAACACACUGAGGUGUGUCAGGAUAAACCAUAUGGUCUUUGUCACUCCGGAUUGUGCUUGAAUGAAGUAUUUGUUUCUUUUGAAAACUUCAUCUGUCAUUAUCGAAUUGAGUUCAACGGAGAAACUGCGAGUUGUUUAAAACUUGGAAUAAUUCACUUGAAAGAACCCAUGAUAGCUAUAUCCCGUGGACCAACAACAGCGUUUGCUGCCAAUCGUUCUAAGAGGAUGAUCUGUUCAUUGAACUUUUGCAUAAAUCAUACUUCAGCAUAUAAACCUAGUGGAUCAGUGCCUUUUGUGUCCUCGUCGUUGAUAUCAGACUUUCAUUGUUUCAUACAAGAAAGGAUAGUAAAGGUUGUGGAUAAGAAUAACGAAGAUAUUCUUGACAGUCCUCGAGAUUCAAAUCUCAGGGGACUCACCUUUGACCUUCAAGAUAAUAUUUUGGUUUGCGAUAAGACAUCAAAAUUAGGACAGGUUAAGCAUGGAGAAGGAGAGAGAAGGAAUAUUAGUUUGGCGGACAUUACCGAAAGUUACAAUGUAAUAAUGCAUCCGACAGGAGAAAAGAUAAUGGUGUUAGACAAUACAGCAAAAUGUGUUGUUUACCAAGUAUGCUAAAACUGGGUGGAUUGUCGCAGUCGCAGUUCUCAAACUGUGAAAAAAAUCGAAUGAAAGGCUAAUUAGCUAACAAAAGCUCACUUUGCACGUCUUAUGCUGCAAUAUAUUUGAUACAUUGCAAUGAAUAAUAAACAUAUUAUAUGAUACUAAA